GGCGCUAUCCGGCCGUCACUACUUUGUCCGUAGAGCCAAGAUGGCGGUAAGAGCUUGUCAGUUUUCUGGCAGCCUAGUUACACAGGGAGAGUCCGAAGCCCUUUAAUCGAUGUCAAUGAAAUACGCAAGCCCUAAUUGGCCGAGAUCAGUCACGUGGAGAAGCAGCCAAUCACGUUCGAGCACCGCUCCAGGUGGCGUCCCUCCUCCCUGUAUCUCUGGAGUAGGUUUAUUUUGGUUUACCCUGUUCCCGUGCUGCCGCCAUUAGACAAAUCGGCACUGGAAAUGGGAAUUAGCACUUUAUAAGUUCCCGGAAAAGAUAAAAAUUGCAAAAAAUAAAGCAAAAAUAAAGAAACUGGGUUUCGCGGAUAGCAGGCUGGUUGCGGUGGAUAAGAGCACCCUGGCAGGCUGAGUGGCCUUUGGUCAGGCGUGAGCCAGCGGAGGGUGGGAGGGAAGAAGGGAAGGGGCAUUGAGAAGUUCUGCUCGAGCGAGGAUGACUGAUCUCCAGCCGAAGUGGAGCUGCGAUUAUUGCACGUACGAGAACUGGCCAUCCGCCAUUAAGUGCACUAUGUGUCGCGCCCAAAGACCCACUGGCCCCAUCAUCACCGAGGAGCCGUUUAAGACCAGCUCGAGUCUCAACUCGCACCUGUGCUCCACUCAGGAAGGCUCCAGUGUUCUUAUCUGCCCCGAUUCUAGUGCCCGACCCAGAGUACGUAUGACCGAUGAGGCCGAGAUAGCCAGCAAAUGGUCAUGCCACAUGUGCACCUAUCUGAACUGGCCACGUGCCAUCCGCUGCACUCAGUGUCUCAGCCAGAGGCAGCAGGGGCCUCAGCAGGGCUCUUACAAGCCCUCAGAUGGCCCACACACCUCUGAACCAGGCUGUCGACUUCCUGCACCAACCGCUCCUGACCCGUGUGAGGAAUACAAUGAUCGUAAUCGCCUGAACACGCGUGUACAGCACUGGGCUUGCUCAGCCUGCACCUAUGAGAACUGGCCCAAGACCCUAAGGUGUGUUGUGUGUGACCACCCUAAGCCGAGUGAUGCCGUUCUGCAGGAGCCGCAGCCUGAGAGUACCAUGGCCCUGUCUAUAGUGAACGAGCAGGAGAGGACAGCAGGGGGAGGGGGUGUGGGGGGCAGUAAAUCUGCUCAGAGGAGGUUUUCACCGCCUGUGCCAACAGGCCAGGCCGAAGUACAGAUUGAGCUCGCGUCCGGGGCAAUGGGCGCCCAAGAAGAGCACCAAACAGACUUUAAGAAACUAAAGCAGAUCAGGAACAGGAUGCGGAGGAGUGACUGGCUCUUUCUCAAUGCAUGUGCAGGUGUGGUGGAGGGCGAUUUGGCUGCAGUCGAAGCUUAUAAGUCAUCAGGUGGUGACAUCGCACGCCAGCUGACCUCAGACGAGGUCCGCCUGUUAAACCGCCCGUCUGCAUUUAACCCUGGCUUCACUCUAGUGCACCUCGCUAUCCGCUUUCAGCGCCAGGACAUGCUCUCUGUGCUCCUCACUGAGGUGUCUCAGCAGGCACCUAAGUGUAUUCCAGCCAUGGUAUGUCCAGAAUUAACAGAGCAGAUUCGUCGGGAAGUGGCUGCCGCACUACACAGGCGUAAAGGAGAAUUUCCCUGUUACUUCUUUACUGAUAUCACUACCUUUACCCUUCCUGCAGAUAUUGAAGACCUGCCUCCUAAUGUUCAAGAGAAGCUGUUUGAUGAGGUGUUGGAUCGAGAUGUGCAGAAAGAGCUUGAAGAGGAAUCUCCAAUCAUAAACUGGUCAUUGGAGCUCGGCACACGGCUGGACAGCCGGUUAUACGCUCUGUGGAACCGCACUGCAGGAGACUGCCUUCUGGACUCAGUGCUGCAGGCCACAUGGGGCAUUUACGACAAAGAUUCCGUACUGAGAAAAAGCCUGCAUGACAGCUUACAUGACUGCUCACACUGGUUCUACACACGCUGGAAGGAGUGGGAAUCGUGGUAUUCCCAGAGUUUUGGCUUGCACUUCUCUCUGAGAGAAGAACAGUGGCAGGAAGACUGGGCUUUUAUUUUAUCACUGGCCAGUCAGCCUGGGGCGAGUUUGGAGCAGACUCAUGUGUUCGUGCUGGCCCAUAUCCUUCGCCGGCCCAUCAUCGUGUACGGCGUGAAAUAUUACAAGAGCUUCCGAGGGGAGACGUUGGGAUACACCCGCUUCCAGGGAGUGUAUCUACCCCUGUUGUGGGAGCAGAGUUUCUGCUGGAAGAGCCCUAUAGCACUGGGUUACACACGAGGCCACUUCUCAGCCCUGGUUGCCAUGGAGAAUGACGGCUAUGAUAACCGCGGCGCAGGUGCUAAUCUUAAUACGGACGACGAUGUCACGGUUACGUUUCUGCCCUUGGUAGACAGUGACAGGAAGCUGCUGCACAUCCACUUCCUGUCUGCACAAGAGAUGGGAACAGAGGAGCAGCAGGAGCGUCUGCUGAGGCAGUGGCUGGACUGCUGUGUAACGGAGGGUGGAGUCCUGGUGGCGUUGCAGAAGAGUUCGAGGAGGCGGAGCCAUCCUCUCGUCACGCAGAUGGUGGAGAAGUGGCUGGAUGGCUACAGGCAGCUCGGCACCUGCCCUGCCCUUUCGGAUGGCGAAGAAGAAGAGGAGGAUGAAGAUGAGUGAGCAGCAAAGGCUUCGCUUUACUCAGAGACUUGGUGCACCUUUACCCCCUUGCAGAGAACACACGUACACUAAUGUACCAUUAUUUAUCCUUGUCAUAUGUACACACACACCAUUCUUACUCUUCAGCAAAUCAGAGGUCUUUUCUCAUCAUGAUGCAAAAUAAAAAUUAUUUUGGCCCAUGCAAAAUAAAAGAACUUAGGUUACAAAUGGUACAUGCCUUAAA